AUGGAAUUUUCUACCACGGAAAUUUUUGUCUUUUCUGCUCUCAUCUCAGCUGUCGAUCCGGUAGCGGUGAUUGCCGUGUUUGAAGAAAUCAACGUGAAUGAGUUCAUUUUUGUGAACGUCUUCGGCGAAGCGCUCUUCAAUGACGGUGUCACAGUGGUGCUGUACCAGAUGUUCAAAAGUUUCACAAUGAUCGGCCCCGAGAAUCUGAAACCGAUUGAUUACGGAGCCGGUGUUUUAUCGUUCUUGCUGGUAGCCUGCGGUGGUGCUGUCAUCGGUCUCAUUGCAGCGUUCAUCGUUAGUUUUAUUACGAAAUAUACAAAUCAGGUUCGAAUUCUUGCUCCAGUAUUUAUUUUCGUUAUUCCAUACAUGGCAUAUCUUACCGCUGAAAUAACUUCUCUGUCAUCAAUUAUUGCAAUAGCAGUCUGUGGUAUGGCCAUGAAGCAGUAUGUGAAAGGAAACAUCACUACAACUGCAUCGAAUGCCGUGAAAUAUUUUGUGAAAAUGCUGGCUCAGUCCUCUGAGACAGUUUUUGGGACUUUCGACGAGGUCGGUCCUUCAAUCAUUACUGGGAGGACACGGGCCUUUCGUGCGUGGUGCUACACGCUCUCUCUCUCGCCUUUUACCGAACAAUUGAUAGACCAACUCAUUCUGUCCUACGGUGGCCUUCGUGGUGCGAUCGCGUUCGGGUUAGCGAUGUCGAUUCCAGCAACCAUUAUGGCAAGACAGAUGUUCAUCACCACAACAAUUGUCGUGAUUUUCUUCACUGUGUUCCUUCAGGGCAUCACAAUUCGGCCACUUGUCAACUAUCUGAACGUGGAAACAAAAGACGAUCGCCCUGCUACGAUGACAGAAAGCGUCUACAACAAGGUUCUGUACAAUCUU